AUUCCAUAGAAAAUCUUUUUGAACCAUAUAGAAAAGCCGCUCUCCCGUCGUCUCUCACUCUCUCAGUUCACACUCUCAACAUCAAUACAAACGAUUAACAUAAAAAGCAUCUCCUCCUUUUACUUUUGAUCGAUCAUGUCCUUUUUGCGACGCUAAACAAAAGGUGUUCUCUACCAACUCUUCGCAAAGGAGUUGAAGUGACUGAAUUAAGGAUCCGAGACUCCUCCACCCUUCUGUGUUCUGCCCCUUCCCGUUGGGUACUGGAGCCUUAAUCUGUGCAGACAGAUGCACCUUCAUGAAUUUCAAGCUAAAUCUGAAAGCAUUGACCUGAAGAUUACUGCAAUCAAGCUGAUUGUCGAGUGGAUUUGAUGCAGACGACGUACGCCAUGGAUCCACAGAGCCAAAACACAUCAUUGCAACGGCUUCAAAAUGUUGAAAAGAGAAUAGUUAGGGUAUUGGAGUUAGCUGGCAGCGUAAUGGACGAACUGGCAAACCCUAGCAGUCCAAGAAAGGAGCUUGUUAAUAGUCACUGCAGUGAAUUUAUGCAAUUGAUCAAGGACAUCCAAGUGACACUGCGAGAAGAAAUCAAAAGUGCCUGUGAGUAUCGUCCUUUUGAGAAGUGUGACUACGUUCCAAGAAUAUCUAACGAGAUCUGUUGCAAGAAACUGGAACAUGUCAUUGCACAGUUAGACGAAAUGAAGCAUACAAUUGAAGGGUAUCAUGCUGCAGUUUGAAACUCUGUAUGUUUUAGCAUUCACCACUAGGUUGCUUUUAUAGGAUUCCUGUUAUUUGAGGUUAGGAUAAUGGAUUUAGUUGGUCUGCAAGGACAUUUGAUUAGCUCUGAAUGUACGCUCGUGGCAAGUAGAUUUCCUAUUCGCUUCUUCAGUAAGAUUAGGGUCGACGUAAACAAAUUGUAUUACAGAGCUUUGUAUAUAUUUUUGCGUUAAAAAUGCUUGGUAUGAAACACUUCCAGAAUCUGUUGUGCAACAACGGUUAGCCUUAGAUUACUACA